AAAAUGGGCCAUUCAUUGAAGGUGCACCUUAUCAUCCGGUGCACCUUAUAGUGCAGAAAAUACAGUACAUACAUUCUGUCCAUCUGUCUCCUAUUGAGAGUAAAGUACUUAUAACACAAUUUUGUGUCUGUCAUUUAUUGUCCUUAAACUGUGCAAAAAAAACUUCUUUCCAUGAAAAGUAGCACUUGGGGUUUUCUAAUGAUAUAACUGCCCUUAAUUGAACUUUGCAUCUGUUUUUCCCAAUGGAAGUGAAUGUGCGAGCAUUGUGAAACAAACACGGGGUCGCUCCAAAAUAGGAUUAGUAUUUCUUAAUCCGCAGCGGCAAUGAAGUAAGCCUCUUGUAUGUGUGUUGUCAUUAUGGUUUAUGCAUUUAGAGACUGAUUGCUGGUCAGCAUUGUGCACUGCAGAUGUGCAAACUGAGAAUGGUGGGAAGAGCGUUGAAGAUGUGUGACAUUUUGAGGGCCUCUUUGCUGUUUAAUAGUGGUUACUGAUUGUCUAGAGAUCAAAAGAGCCUGACUGUUGUCACCAUGGCAACAGUGUCCCUGCAAAAGCAAAAAGGUCCCUUAGACUCGCUCGACAAGCAGGAGUCUGCGGUGGACGCCUGCCUUGACCAAAAAGCCCCCAGGGGAGAGCCAGAAGAUGGCACUGAAGUGUUCCAGGGAUGCAAGGAUCAAGGCCAAAUUAGAGAGACCGUGACAGAAUGGGUACAAGCUCCCCAGCAGGCCGAGUCUCAUGAAGAACCCGAUGAGUUUAAGAUGAUGAUCAGACAAGGUGCUUUCUCCAGCUUGGAAGGAAAGGAGCUAGAGUUGCCCAGUGAUGAAGAUAUCAAGCCAGAUUGUUAUCAAAAUGUUCAACAAUCCUCAUCUUCAGCUACUUUGGCUGACGAAGAAGAAAAAGAAACCAACACGUGCAGUUCCAAGGGUUCGGUGUGUUCACACUGCACCGACUCAACCUCAAAUGUUAUUUCCUUAGACGGCCAGAAGGAGGUGCUAGUGUCUCAAGAGCAAAAUGAGCUCACCCCCAAGGGAGGGAACCAGGAAGCUGCUCAACAGGUGCUCGGCCAGAACUCUGCACCUUUGUCUGGCGUUGCCAUGGAGACACCCAAUCAGGGCGAGGUGGCUUCCAAAGGCUCCGUCUGCGUUGUCACAGUGAGAGAAAGGCAAGCAGACGGGGCAGGGGAAAGAGCAGAAGGGGAAAGCGAAACAGGAGAGCAGUACCACAAGUUGCUUGGACAGGAGCAAGGCAAACUACUGGUGCCAUCUAAAGAACUUGUCCAAACACAGGACGGGAAGAGAAACAAUAAGGACAUUGCUGAGUGUCGUAUCAAAAUGGAGAGCGACUCAAGUGACGAUAGUGGAUUAUCCGAAGACCUCUCCCCACGUAGCGCUUCGAACAUCCAAGAAACUAAGCCCAAAGACACCCCCAUCGAGAGGGAGAUCAAACGGGCCAUUGAGCGAGAACAUAGUUUAAGAAGAUCUCGGGGUCUUCCGAAUGCCUCCGCAGAGUACGUUGAGAUCCCCCUGAUGAAAACCAUUCUCAUCAACCAGACCGUCGCCGCCAAGUCGGAGAAAUUCCAUGGCGUGGACAGGGAACUGGCAGGAAAAAUCAUGCAACAUGAAAUCCACGAGGACGUCGGCCGCGAGCAAGAUCUGGUCAAGCUGGGGAAGGUUCUCGGUUUUUAUGAUAAGGGGACGGUUCGACAACUGAAAGAGAAGAAAGAGCUUUUUGAAGCCUUUCAAAACCGCAGGGAGUCAUCCCUGAGUAUGUCUGUUGGAAGAAGAACCAGUUCCUCCAGUUCAGACAGUCAGGAUGAGACCUCAUCACAGGCGUCAACUGUGAAACGAUCAGAGAGGAGACAGAGUAUAGAACCUCCGGGAGGUCCUUACGCGUCUUCAACUCCCAAAGGACCCGGUUUAUCCGAGGGAAUGUCUUGCCAGGUCAUCAUCAUGGAGAACAAGUCGAACGGCCCGGCAUUGAAGCACCUCCUCACCAAUGCAGAGGGACAUGAUCAAGAUGCAGAAGCUGCCUACAUCUUCCCAUCCUGUUCUGGACCUCCAAACAAUAUGGAGGUGGACACAGAUGAGAUGUUGCCCAAGGAGAACCCUUUCUUCAAGUUGCGAUCCCUCACUAAUGAUAUUAAGGUGGAGCGGGAUAUCCGGGAAGCUCAAGAGAGGGAGAAAGAACUACGCAAGCAGAGGAUCAACCUUUACGGGGGAGGAGGAAGUGAUGGGAGGCCGGUCGGCAUGGAUAGGAGCCUCCGAGCAUCUGGUCUGGAUUCUUCGGGGUCUGAUGGGAAUUACACCGCAGCUCAUCAAUCCGCUGGAAAACCCGGUAUGUGGCCCCCGCCGGACCAGGACCGCGGAGACCAAGUGAACCAGCAAAAAGUGGUGCGGGGCUCCCACAGCUCCAGACACAAGACCCCCUUGGUGCAUUUGUGGGAGACGGGACAAGUCAACGGACACAACCCGCACGAGCAAUGAUUAGGAGAAAGGUUGUGAAAAUGAGGAAAGGGUCAAGAUUGUCAUCAAACGGGGUGGGAAAAAUGACUUGAAACAAAUUGCACUUGUAGACGCUUUAAUCACAUUUAUUAGAAUAUUCUCUUGUAUUUAUCUGAAAUCAUAAAAAUAAAAACUAGGUCCUGAUCGACUCUGAAUCAACCAGAUAAUCUAUUUGGUCAAUAUUAGGUCUUUUAAAUCCAAAAAUAAUUCUGCCAAAAUGUUUGCUUCUUUUUAUUAACACGUAUGAAAAUUAUGACAAUCAAUUUAGCAACAUUUCCCACAAUGUUUUAUAGUCAAGCAAAUGUUGAAAGACAAUACAUUGUUAAAAAAAUAAGAAUGUAUAAAAGUAAACAUUUCUGUAAAUUGUUCUCUUUAUUAUUGUAAAAAAUGUUAUUUAAAUAUGGUGGGUUUUUUUUUUUUUUUCAAUCAGUCGAUCAGUUAUUGGAAUUUUAUUGUGUCAAAUCAGAAUCGAAAAAUCCAAAAAUCCUCAUUAAAACAAUCAAAGAGUUUAUCUUUUUAUGCCAUCUCACUUUAUAAUCCGUGCAAUCAAAUGUCAUCCAGUGCAACAUCCAUCCCAUAAAAUCCACCUUUUAGUGCUUAUGCAAGCUAGUUUUUAACGUAAUCGAGCUAGCACUGACGAGAUUUAGCAAAACAUGUUUCUAAUCUGAAUUUCUACCGCAAAUGUUGAGCUAAUGAAGUCCCUAUUGACUGAUUAAAAAAAAAAAAAAAAGUGAUUUAUGACUUUCUUUUUUCAUGUGAUCACAAAGUUGAUACUUUUCUAAUGAGUUUGUCAUAGUGGAACGAACAUCCCAGGAGUUAAUCCCAAAACCUGGAUUAUGGUGCAAUAAAAUCGGUCUGGAUUUUGCAGGUGAAUUAUGAGUCCAGAGUACACGUGAAUAAAACUAACUCUAUUGUACCACACCUUGACACCUUUUUGAGUCAAGCAGUAAAUGUUGAACUUUGGAAUGAAACUUGUUAAUAAGCAGCAGGUUGAAAUGACUUGACAUUUUCCACGCAGUGUUACUAUGGAUGGAUUUUUAAUUUGAUGGAUUUUGACAUGACUUCAUUUAACCGAUGGUAAUUAGAGUUGAGUGGCUGUGAAAGUUAAAAAAUAAAAUAAAAUAGCUCGUUUUGGUGACAAAAUCCCUCAGUACAAGAUGUGCCACUUGGUAAAGUUCACUGAGUGAUUUUCAGUGAGGCGUUAUUAUUGCCCAGCAGCCAACAAAACAAUUGGAAGGUGCAUCGGCCCCCGGCGUGUUCUUUCUUCCAUAGAGC